UCAUGUCAUUCUCUUUGUCACAUAAACAGUCACUUUAAACCAAAAAUAUGUUUUUUUCUUAGAUUUAAAAAUCAGUUUAUUUUAAUUUAUUAUGGUAAAUUCUUUUUGAUAAAUAACGUAGCAAUAUGGACGUAAAUGAUCCAGAAUUUGAUCCAUAUUGUGAUCCAGCCAAUCCACGCAAGAUCAAAUACGAUGACGUAUUGGCGGCUUCGCGUCGGUGUGUGGGAUGCGUGGUUAAAACACCAUGUGUGAAAGGUCAUAUGUCCGAAACACUCGGAAUGGAUUUGUAUUUCAAGCAGGAGUUCCUACAAUAUACGGGAAGUUUUAAGGAGCGUGGGGUAUGCAAUACGUUGUUGCUACUAUCUGAAGAACAGAAAAGGAAUGGAGUGAUAACAGCCAGUACGGGAAACCAUGGCAUGGCGUUGAGCUACCAUGCGGCACGUCUCGGUAUACCCUGUGUGGUCGUAAUGCCGCAGCGCACGCCGCUCACAAAAAUCAGUAAAUGUACGAGUUUCGGCGUCAAACCUUUGCUGCACGGCUUUUCUAUUGCUGACGCUAAACUGUACGCCAUGACGAUGAGUAAAGAGAAAAAAAUGCUAUAUGUCAAUGGAUACGAUCAUCCUAACGUGAUUGAAGGGCAAGGGACAACAGGUAUAGAGAUCAUGGAGGCAGUGCCCGAUGCGGAUGCUAUAGUGAUCCCGGUGGGGGGCGGAAGCCUCAUCUGUGGCGUCGGAGUGUGCGCCAAAUACAUCAAGCCUAGCAUCGAAAUCUAUGGCGUAGAGACCGAUAAAACAUGUAGUAUGGUUGAAACAUUUCGCAAAAAUGAACGAGUAUUCUAUCCAAUAGACACAACCAUAGCCGAUGGACUGGGGGUCAAUAAAGUAGGAGUUAACACAUUUUUCACCUUAAAAGGAAUCGUCGAUAAAUUGGUUGUGGUUAAAGAAGAUUGGGUGGCCCGGGCAGUGAUGCACAUUGUGGAACAAGAGAGAUUCGUGGUCGAGGGCGCCGGGGCGACCGGUGUCGCCGCUUUAAUGGCUGGCCUCUUCCCCAACUUGAAAGGGAAGAAAGUGGUAUGUAUUCUGACUGGGGGCAACAUCGACACUACCAUACUGGCGCGAGCGCUGGAGCGCGGCAUGGCGGCGGAGGGCCGGCUGGUGAAGUUCAAGGUGACGGUAAGCGACCGGCCGGGCGGCAUGGCCGAGCUGUGCAGCCUGAUGGCCACCUGUGGUGUCACGCUGCGAGACUGCAUCCCCGAGCGUGCAUGGGUUAAAGGAGACGUCUACAGUGUAGAGCUGAAAAUAAUAGCCGAAACACGUGGUUGGGAUCACACUAAAGAACUGAUGGAAAUGGUAAAGAAAUCUUACAAGGAGUGCUUCUUCCAAGAGAUGGGAGGCUCAGAGAAACCGAUAGUACGCCGCGGGCCGUGCCUUGCGCCUAACCCUAUCUGCAUGCAGAAAUAAAACGUUAUUGCUGGUUUCAACUGCCAUGACAUUUGUAUUUACACCAUAUUGCUGUCUCGGUUUCUUCAACUAUAAUGUAAGGGAUGACAAUAUGUGUCAAUACAAGUGUCACCACGAUCAAACCCACACUUAUGACGAUAUUUCUGAAAACAUUGAAUACUGAUACAUGUUACAAAAUGUAAAGUGAAAAAAUAAAGCAAGUGACUGAA